GAAUAAUAUUUGACUUUUUCAGACAGCCGCCACGGAGUAGAUUUUCACCGUAAAACUUACGAAUUAUCUUGAUUUGUGCCGUUUUGUCUUGUUUUCAAACUUUUGGACGUUGUAAAGCCAAAUGGUGGCAAAAAUAUCGAGCGAAUUUGAAUUAUAACGGGCUGACUCUGCCUUCUUGUAAUUUAUUUUUUCGGGUUUUGGUUGCUUUUUUUUAAUCCCUGAUUUUCCGUAAAGUAGCAUUUAAUGCGUACUCUGAAGUGUCCAUUUUUUAUGUAGUGCCCAUCUCACCUGUCUUCGGGGAUGUUACAUUAGUCUAAGAGAGUCUCCUAAUUUGUAGGUACAAGAGAGCUUUUUUCUUUGGUAUGUAGUGUCGUUAAAAUGGGUUUUACCACUUUGGCUUGUUUCGUUGCGACACUUUCCCUGUUUUUCCUCAACGAAAAUUUUGAUAAAGCUAGCCAGCAUGUGCAUGCUGCCGAAAACAUUCAGCGGCCAUUCUUUGCUGAGUUUCCUGAUGAGCACAAGUCACGAAUGCGAAGAGACAAUUCACAGAAAGAGCCCACCAAUCUGAAAAUUGCAGCUUUCAACGUCCAAAUAUUUGGCAAGAAGAAAAUGGCGACACCAGGAAUACCAGAACUUCUUGUUAAGAUUGUUCUUCGCUAUGAGGUCAUUCUUAUCCAAGAGAUCAGAGAUGCCUCUGGUAAAGCGAUUCUUAAAUUGCUGUCGCUAGUAAACAAAAAUUCUACUAAAGGGAUUUACGAUAUCACCAUCAGUCCGCGACUUGGAAGAUCUUCAAGCAAAGAACAAUACGCGUUCCUGUUUAGGAAAGACGUUUUAUCUGUUAAACAUAAUUAUACCUACGAUGACGGCCGAGAAGAUCUUCAGAGUGAUACUUUUGAAAGGGAACCAUAUAUUGUUCACUUUUACUCUUCAGUGACCGAUAUCACAGAUUUUGUGCUUGUUGCUAUUCACACUUCUCCGGCGAAAGCUAACGAAGAAAUAGACGAACUUGUUGUUGUAUACGACGACGUUAUCAGGAAACUUAACAUAACAGACGUGAUAAUCCUUGGUGACUUAAAUGCAGCCUGCAGCUUCAUGAGUGACAGCAAAUGGAAAACCAAUCGAUUGGCCAAUGACGUGCGAUUUCAUUGGCUCAUUUCUGAUUGCGUAGAUACCACUGUAGCUGGAGAACAGUGUGCCUAUGACCGAUUCGUUGUUGCUGGAGAUGCCAUGUUGAAUGCAGUUAUUGCGUCAAGUGCGGAGAGUUAUAAAUAUGACCAAGAGUUGGAUAUCAAUGAGACCAUGGCAGUUCUUGUGAGUGAUCACUAUCCAAUUGAAAUGCAAAUUGUUACGAAAGAACUGGCUACAGCUUUGAAUUCCAUAUCAAGGAGUGUUGAACAUUCUUUCAAAAUGAAACUGCCUCCAAGUCUGAACAAGAGAAAAAUAUUCGGGAAGAGAAAAACUUUGGAAGCAGCAGAAUUCACAGUUGAAAGAACAUAUACUAAAACCAGAGCAACCAGCAGAAUGAUAUUCAGAAAAGACUUUGUAAACAUCAAGGAAGCACUCGGUGUAGUUCAAAUCCUAAAGGAAAAAACCACUGACUCCAUCAUCACUGUUGCUCAAACCCAAAACACAGAGUUCUUUUUGACAGGACCAUGGAUACAAGAAGAACAAUUAUUGUAUAACAAAACUGGAACUGUUAAACUUGUUUGUGAAAUGUACCCUCAGCCUAGCUGCUGGAUCUCUUUGCUAUUUAACUGAUGAGGGCAAGCUCAACUCUUAUACUCAAGUUGUAUCCUUAAUGUUGUGGCUGCAUAAUAAAGUACCAUUUCGAUGGCAGACUUUAACUCA